CCAUCCUCUAAGGUCACUGACAGCAUCGAGUACCUCCUGCUUCAGACAUCCUAUGGAACCCACCAUUGGACCCCGCCCAAAGGUGUGAGUGGACAAGCUUUGGAAAGGACAUUGUGAAUGCUGCUUCAUGCAGCAUCUUGGAUUUUCUCUUCACCAGCUGGAGUAAAAGAAUUCAGCAGCAAAAUUGCUCGCCAGGUGUUGAGGCUGCAAAGGAAUAAUGGACACUCAGACUACCCACCGCUCGGGAAAACAUGGAAACUUUCCGAAGUGGCAUGCCAAAGAAAGGCAGUCGACUGAAAAUGUCACACCGGUGAAGCAGAAGCCCUCCAAGGAGCUGAGGCCGAUGCUGGGUGCCAUCUUUCUGGGCCUCAUCCUGUUCAUUGCUGCAGUGGUGGCCUGGUGCUACUACACCGUGUCCCUGAGGAAGGCGGAGCGGCUCAAGACGGAGCUGAUGGACCUGCGGGCAGACGGCUUCGUCAUCCGCAACCAGCACGGGGAGGUGGUGUUCCGGCUGGCCUUCCGUUCGGGCAGCCUGGACCUGGAGUCGUGCUCCAAGGAGGGCGAGAUCCUGAGCUGCUCGCGCUCGAGCCGGGGGCCGCUCAACUUCUUCAUCCAGACGGUGAAGCCCAAGGACACGGUGAUGUGCUACCGCGUGCGCUGGGAGGAGCUGGCGGCCGGCCCGGCCGUGGAGCACACCAUGUUCUGGGAGGACGCCCACUGGUACGGGGGCUCGGAGAUGAGCACCCAGCACUGGCCCAUCCGCCUGGCUGGCUACCAGGAGCCCGUGCCCUACGUGACCAGCGACGUCUACUCCUUCCGCGACAGCUUUGGCGGCAUCCUCGAGCGCUACUGGCUCUCCUCCAAGGCGGCGGCCAUCAAGAUCAAUGACUCUGUGCCCUUCCACCUGGGCUUCAACGCCACCGAGCGCACCCUCUUCUUCCAGGCCCGCUACAAGGACUCACCCUACAAGCCCCCACCAGGCCAGCAGCCCUUCCCCGAGCUCAGCUACCGCGUCUGCGUGGGCUCCGACGUCACCUCCAUCCACAAGUACAUGGUGCGCAGGUACUUCAACAAGCCCUCCAAGAUCCCUGCUGAGAACGCUUUCCGAUACCCCAUCUGGUCCACGUGGGCCCUCUACAAGAAUGAUAUUGACCAGGAUAAAGUUUUGAGUUUUGCUGGUGAGAUUAAGAAGUACCAUUUUAACUGCAGCCACAUUGAGAUUGAUGACAUGUACACCCAAGCCUAUGGAGACUUUGAUUUUGACCCUGUCAAGUUCCCCAAUGUAACAGAGAUGUUUGCAAAGCUGAGGGAAGAUGGGUUUAAGGUCACUCUGUGGAUUCAUCCUUUUAUACACGCAAAUUCACCCAAUUAUGAAGAGGGUAUUGAGCGUCAGCUGUUCAUCAAGGAGCCGUCGGGGCGGCUGCCAGCCAUGGUGGAGUGGUGGAACGGCAUCGGGGCCAUCCUGGACUUCACCAACCCAGCAGCCCGUGACUGGUUCCAGAGCCACCUGCGCCAGCUCCGCCACAAGUACGGCAUCUCAUCCUUCAAGUUUGACGCGGGUGAGACCAGCUACCUGCCCAAGCAGUUCAGCACCUUCCGCCCACUGUCGGACCCCAGCAUCUGGUCCCGGCGCUACACGGAGAUGGCCAUCCCCUUCUACGAGCUGGCCGAGGUGCGCGUGGGCUACCAGUCACAGAACAUCUCCUGCUUCUUCCGCAUCAUUGACCGGGACUCUGUCUGGGGCUACGAGCUUGGCCUCAAGUCCCUCAUCCCCACUGUCCUCACCAUCAGCAUGCUGGGGUACCCGUUUGUGCUUCCAGAUAUGAUUGGAGGAAACUUCCUCCCAAACAGGACAGAGGGAGCUGUGGAGAUCCCUGACCGGGAGCUGUACGUGCGCUGGCUGGAGCUGUCGGCCUUCAUGCCCUCCAUGCAGUUCUCCAUCCCUCCCUGGCUCUAUGACAAGGAGGUGGUGGAGAUUGCGCAGAAGUUCACGGAGCUCCACGAGUCGCUGGUGGCCCCGCUGCUGCUGGAGCUGGCGGGGGAGGUCACCGACACGGGCGACCCCAUCAUCCGUCCCAUCUGGUGGAUCUCGCCCCAUGACGAGGCCGCUCACAGGAUCGACUCCCAGUUCCUCAUCGGGGACACCCUCAUGGUGGCUCCUGUGCUGGAGAUGGGCAAGCAGGAGCGGGAUGUCUACUUGCCAGCGGGCAAGUGGCGCAGCUACAAGGGGGAGCUGUUUGAGAAGACCCCAGUGCUGCUCACCGACUAUCCUGUUGAUCUGGACGAAGUUGCCUAUUUCCUCUGGGUUUCCUAACAGCCUCCUCUUCAGCUGUGCAGUAGACUCAGUGAUUAGUUUACCAAUGGUUUAAUGGCCUGAGAAUUUAAAUAAUUUUUAAUGUAGCAAUAUUUCAGAAUGAAAUUUGAAGGAGACACUGAGACCACUGUUCUGUUUGGCAACUAACAAUAACUUAUUAAAAUGUAUUGGAUGGGCAUCUUUGUUAUUGCAUCGUGACAAGUGUAACAUAGAGAAACACAGCCUCUGCUCAUAAUCUUUUCCCACCAAGAAGUGCCAUGCACGUUUCUUGUGUCUAAAUGCAAUUACAUGGUCUUCUUUGUUACCCAGUUUCACAGAUGAUCCCCUGGGACACUGAAAAUUUCAUGUGCUCAGUGAAGGAGGCAGCUGCAGCAAAGUACUUUUUUCUUUUUUUUUACAAAAAGCAAUCUGUGGUUAUCCUGAAGAGGAAGGCACACGAUUUGCCUUUUUCUCAUCAUGUUGCAGCUCAUGGUGAAUUUAAUCAGAGUGAAGUAAUGUUCAAGUGAAACUUCACCUCCUUUAUAACAGAUGGGAGCUGAUGCAGGAGUUAGGAGUUCGCAUUUCCCAUGGCCUGAGGUAUCUGAGCAGCAAGAAAGCUACAGCACUUUCUCAUGCUGUGGCAAUUGUUUUCUCCCUUUUAUAAAUUACUGAGAACCAUGUUCAUCGUGUGCAUUCAGGUAAGCCUGUAAAAUGUGGUGAUAUCUCAUGGUAGUGGAGAUUAAAUCCUAAUAUGACAUCAUGCAGGGGUUUAUACUUAGUAGGAUCCACAUGGGUUUUAGGACCAUGUUUAGGACAAAGGGUGCAAUCUGUCAGUUGCUAGGAGGGAACUUGGCUUCCUCAGAGAGUUCAGGCAAUUAACAAAUCAGCCUGAGUACCCAGCUGCCUCAAUUUCCCAAUGAGAAUGUUUUCCCAUCCUGUGUUAAUGGAGAUCCCUGUCCAUGGCUGGUGGAUCCUUCACUAUCCUUCUGCCACACCUCUCCAGAAUGAAGAUGUUUCAGCAGGUCCUGAAGGCUGGCUGUGAAACACCCUCCACUCUUGGUCCAACAUUCCCUGCUACUUUUAAGCAAAAAGAAAUUUUAGGUUGACACAACUGAGCAGUUUAAGAGAGUCCAGGGGUCUCUGGGCUGCAGUGUGCCUUCCCAAAGUGAGAGACAGACCACUUUGCUGGCUCCAGCUCACUUUCAGUGGGCACAUGGGAGGUAAAGGUGUGUGUGUGUGGCCCCAGGGUAAGAGAAAGCUCCCUUUUUUUAGGGGUUUGCCCCAGGGCUGCUCCAUAUAAAAAGUAAACAAAAUGUGUCUGGGGAACAUUGUACUCAGUCAAGAGCUUGUUUGGCGCCCAGAGGAAGCAGACCCAAAACUGGCUCAAACCUGUUAUCCAUCAGUAGGUCCAUUGUGUCAUGAGGACCCUGCAUGGACACAACAGCAGUGCCAAGUGGGAUGAGCCAGAACAUCUUUUAGAUGCCCCUGAGAGCAGCUGGAGUUGCAGUAAUGAUAUCGCUGGUGUGGCAGUGGAGAGGGAAACCCAGCCUUAAUCCAGGGAUGUGAAAGGGAAAGCAAUGUUCAGUCUGGCAAUUGUGCUCAGUGUUAACAGGGCACCACUGAAUCCUUACCACAGGCUUUCUCCCAUGCCAUGAUAGUAGUUUCCAACGAGGCAUCUCCCCCAGCUGAGAAAGUGUUUCUACAGCUGCUGCUUCAAAGCCCCAGAUGGUCCCUCACAUCUGGUGAGGGGUGGGGGUCCACAUCUUGGGGUGGGGGUCCCAGGAGGCGGCCCAGCAAAAUUCCCCUUGCUAUUGUUGCUGCCUUAAACAAAAAGUUUUCUGCAAAGCUCAUGCCCAAAGUGCUGAGAGAGAGCCAAGACUCCAUCACCCUCAUACAGUACCUCUGCCCCUGUGAUCAAAGUGCUCUGUGUGCACACACAGCUCUGCCACCCAACUACACCACAGGCUGAUGGGGAAAAAAAAACCAGGCAACACUGAGACUUCCUGCAAACUGUGGGGAUGACAUGGGAUGCCUGGUCCCAUGGCUGCAAAAAUGUCUCCUCCAUCCCUUUCCAAUCUGUCCCUCAGUGCCUUUCCCUGCUUCCCAGCUGAGCCACAGGAAGCCACAGGGAACAGGCACUGAAGGAAUCCUGUGAACAGGUGGCACCACAGCCACCUCUCCGUGCCCUCCUGCCAGGGAGGAGCUGUGUGCUGUUGGAGGGACAUCCUGUUUGCCUUGCUAAGCUUCAGUCCUGGUUGAUUUUUUACACUCCCAGUGCCGUGGAAGACCUCUUUGCUGGAGGUGCUGGUGACAUGAAAUUCUCCUCCAGAACCUGACUCACCACAGGCUGCCUGUUUUUUGGCAGUGGGUGUUUACUGCCCUCUUUGAUGACUGCUGAGGUAAAAAACACCCAGCCCUACAUGCAAAAUAAAAAACCCAAACAAAUAAAAAACUGUUUUUCUCUA